AUGGUCGACCAAUGUGGCGGGUAUUUAAAUGUUGGUUUUCAAAUAAAGGAUCUGUACAAUAAGUUGGAUGCAUCACGCAGGGAAAUUUUGCUCUACGGUGACACAGAAGUCGCACUCUCUUACUUGAAAGCGAAAGGAGCAAUGGAUCCAGAAUUCUUUUGUAAGUUCAGUGUUGACGAGGAAAAUAGGCUUGGUAAUUUGUUUUGGAGGGACUCUACUUCACUUUUGGAUUACAUUGCCUAUGGCGACGUCCUCAUAUUUGACAGCACGUACAAAACAAAUGUUUAUGACAAGCCCCUAGUGUUGUUUGUUGGUUCGAACAACUACCGUUCUACUAUAAUGUUUGGUUGCACAUUAUUGCAGGACGAGACAUUUGAAACUUACAAGUGGUUAUUGGAAACAUUCAUGGCAUCCAUGAAAGAUAAGAAGCCAAUAUCAAUAUUGACGGAUGGCGAUGAGGCAAUGCGUAAAGCCAUUGAUGAUGCAUGUAUUUGGGAACCAUUUGCAUUGGACGAGUUUCAGAAGAAAUGGGAGGUUUCGAGGGAAAGAGCGAGUACUCCGAAACAAAAAGAAUGGUUGGAAAUGAUGUAUGCAAAAAGUGACUCAUGGGCUGAAUCAUGUUUGAGAGGAAAGUUUUUCGGUGGUAUGUGCACCACUCAACGUGUGGAGUCUAUGAACAAGUAUGUGAAAGAUUACUUGAGGAAAGGUGUGAAGUUGUUUGAAUGUAUUCCAGCAAUUGAUAGGGCUAUGUUACGUCUUAGGAAUACCACGGCGAAGGAUGGUUUCAACGCAAAGUACUCAACACCAGUCCUUAAAACCGCAUUAAACUCGAGCAACAAGCUUCUUUGA